AUGCGGCCUCCUGCAGACCCGCUGCCGCCGCCGCCGCCGCCGCCGCCCCACACCACUCCGUUCUCCGUGGAGGACAUUCUGGACCCGAGCAAGUUCCCCAGGAAGCCGAGCUGCGUGGAGGACGCAGCAGCAGCAGCAGGAGCUCCAGGCCCCGGAGCCGCCCUCCCGCCGCUGCAGGGUCCGGCUCCAGACCCGGAGGCGCACGCCGAGUCCCCGCUGCCGCCGCGGGGCUCGAAGGAGAAGAGCCGGCGGGUCCGCACCGCCUUCAGCCCGCAGCAGCUGCAGCUGCUGGAGCGCAGCUUCCGCCGGAGCCACUACCUGUCGGUGCUGGAGCGGCACGGCAUCGCCGCGGCGCUGCGCCUGUCCGAGACCCAGGUGAAGAUCUGGUUCCAGAACCGGCGCACCAAGUGGAAGAAGGAGCGGCAGCUGCGGGGGCGCGAGGCCGAGGAGGAGGAGGAGCGGCGGCUCGGCUUCACUGCGCUCUGCUCCCCGCUGCGGAUCGGCCCGAUGUGCUGCCAGCCGAGCACUCCACUGCUCCUCUUCCCGCCGCUGCCGCUGGUGCCUUACCGGCACUAUGCGUAA